AUGGUUCCACUCGGUUCUCUCAGUUUGCUUCCUCUGCUGUCGCUGUAUGUGGGAGCACUGCUGUCCUCGGAUGCGUCUCCGGACUGCACGCACCCUCCCUGCAGAGACAUGCUGGUGGCUGCACCCAUCCAGCCCAGGACGGGAGCAGGAGUGGGUUCCGGGGCCAGUGAGGGUCAAACUGGCACAACAGCCUGCAGGAUGAGGGUUUCACUUCCAGCCAUCUCAGAUGUUCCUCGGAUGGUGGAGCACAGGCACGAGCUCCCCCAGGUUCAGCCUAAGACUGGAGGUGUCAAAGAGCGUCUCGUUCAGCUGCAGCGCUGCAUGCGCUCUCUCCAGGAAACUGGGAGCCCCUGGAGUCCCGGGGGCCAGGAAAACAACUCUCUAGGAGCCAUCCUGGCACUAAUGGCAGCUGUGCUGACAGAGUGUGACCUCCACUGUCACAGCCAGGCCCUUGGGGCGAUGGCCAAACGACUCGAGAGUGCAGCCGUGGGAAGAGAGGGGGAGAGAGACCUGCUGCUUUUCCUGAAGAGCAUCACACAACAUCCACCCACAGUUGCCCCCUUGGAGAGGUUACAUCCUCAGGACUGUGCAGAGAUUUACAGGCUCGGGAUCAAAGAGAAUGGAAUCUACACCAUCCAGCCUGACCUGCACAGGCCGGCAUUGGAGGCUAAAUGUGACAUGGAGACGGCGGGUGGUGGGUGGACGGUGAUCCAGAAUCGGCGGGACGGCUCACUGGACUUCAACAGGACAUGGCAGGAAUACCGGGAGGGCUUUGGCAGUCCGCAGGGAGAGCACUGGCUGGGGAACACAGCGCUGCACGCCCUCACCUCCGCUGGCCAACACCAACUCCGCAUUGAGCUGGAGGACUGGCACCAGCAGAAACGCCAUGCUACCUACAACCACUUCAAAGUGGCCUCAGAGGCACAGAGGUAUCGUUUGACAGCACGGGAGUACUCUGGCGAUGCGGGCAAUGCAUUGAGCUACAGCAAACGUUACAACCACGACAGCAGAUCCUUCAGCACGGCUGACCGAGACCACGACCGUUAUGCAGCUGGAAACUGUGGUCAGUACUACGGUGCAGGCUGGUGGUUCGAUGCUUGCCUGGCAGCUAACCUGAAUGGACGUUAUUACCGUGGGCGCUACAGUGGGGUGACCAACGGGAUCUACUGGGGGACAUGGUACAUCCUGACAGAUGGACGAACUGGAGAACGCUACUCCUUCAAGAGGGUGGAGAUGAAGACGAGACCCAGAAACGUUGUCGGAACAUCCUAA